GGCAAAACCGGAAGGGGAUGUCUAGAGAGGGGUGGUGGCUCCCUCCACGUCACAGAGCUAGUGUUGAAAUGUCCUCAGGUGGGGGUGGAUUCCUAUCACUUGGUCCAGACCUCUCCAGGCCCUUCAUCGCUCAGCUCAUUGGUGAAGUGGGGUAAGCCAGGAGUGAGUGGUCAUGGCUUGGCAGAUGACACAGUUGCUGCUUCUGGCUUUGGUGGCUGCUGCAUGGGGUGCCCAGGUCCCCAGAACUCCACGGGCCAGGACAGACCUGCUCAAUGUCUGCAUGGAUGCCAAGCACCACAAGGCAGAACCAGGCCCAGAGGACAGUCUACACGAGCAGUGCAGCCCCUGGAGGAAGAAUGCCUGCUGCUCUGUCAACACCAGCAUAGAAGCCCAUAAGGACAUUUCCUACCUGUACAGAUUCAACUGGGACCACUGCGGCAAGAUGGAGCCUGCUUGCAAGCGCCACUUUAUUCAGGACACCUGUCUCUACGAGUGCUCACCUAAUCUGGGGCCCUGGAUCCGGGAGGUUAACCAGAGGUGGCGCAAAGAGCGGGUCCUGGGUGUGCCCCUGUGCAAAGAGGACUGUCAGAGCUGGUGGGAAGACUGCCGCACCUCCUACACCUGCAAGAGCAACUGGCACAAGGGCUGGAACUGGACCUCAGGGUAUAACCAGUGCCCGGUGAAAGCUGCCUGCCACCGCUUUGACUUCUACUUCCCGAAGCCUGCUGCUCUGUGCAAUGAAAUCUGGAGUCACUCCUACAAGGUCAGCAACUACAGCCGGGGCAGCGGCCGCUGCAUUCAGAUGUGGUUCGACCCCUUCCAGGGCAACCCCAAUGAGGAGGUGGCGAGAUUUUACGCUGAGAACCCUACUUCUGGGUCCACACCCCAGAGGAUCUGACCCCUCCUGCUCAACUUGACCCAGAUGCUGCCACUCUGGCUCCUUAACUAAGCUGUUCUCGCUGCCAACACCUGAACAUCUUCCUUACCUGCACCCAACCUGGGUGAUUAUCUCAGUUCAACCCAGCUCCACUCUCUCAAAUGAGGAGGACUCAUAAUACCUUGGUCAUUGUUUCCUGAUCCAAAAUCCUAUGGGGAUCCUCUGAGAGUUUAUUCUAAUAAAUAUAUCCAUGUGUGUACUGUA